AUCAAAAACGCGCGAAUCACCGGAAAGGUUGCCGUCCCUGAAAAGCGAAACAACUGCACCAAAUCAGGGAUGUGUUUUUUGCUUGUACAUAUGACCCACAUGGAAAAUAGGUGAAAAUUAUGCGCAAUGCCCUAGUAAUAUUGUUCUAGGGAUACGGAGGGAGGGUGUCUGAAUAGCAUGUAAAUAAACACCCUAGCUGUUACGUUCAUCCGCCAUAAGUAUCGUGUAACUAUAUCUUAAUAGUUUGAAAAAUGUUCUAGCAUUACAAAAGUGAAUAUAUCUACCACAUGUAACAUAAUAAUAAUGCAAAAGAAAACCACAGACAGUUUGCGGGGGGUUGUGACGCCCAGCCGGAACAGCCAUACCUAUGCAAAUUAGCUCAUGACGAGACGAGAGCUUUAGCCUUACGGAAGCCAUUGACGUAUACAGACACAUGCGAGAAAGGAGCGAGAGAGUUUACCGCAAAUCUAGAGCGUUUUAAGCAAAAGUAUGGAUGCGAUUGUCCCGGAGUCGUACAAUCCACACCUUAAGAGAGUACUGAAAUGUUAUCAGGACGCAGCGAUACGCAGUUUGAGCGGCCCGAGCGGAUACACGGCCGCGUGGAAUCCAGCGAAACUGACAAGCGCGGAUCACGUCGAACUGGAGAAGUACAGAAAGGCGGUCACGGAAGCCUUAAAACAGGAGCGUACACUAGUGAAAUGUGAGUAUGACUCUGUGUACGCUUCCCCACCCUUUCCUGUUCAAUCCAUGCCCGUAUUCACCCCCAUAGACGUUGCCAAGGGCGAGCGAUCGGAUACGGUGUUGGAAGGGGAGACCAUUGCUUGUUUCGUUGUAGGUGGAGAGAAACGACUCUGUUUACCGCAAAUCCUAAACACAGUCCUUCGGGACUUCAGCCUUCAGCAGAUCAACAGCGUCUGCGAUGAGCUGCAUAUUUACUGUUCGCGCUGCAGCCUGGAGCAGCUGCAGAGCCUGAAAAUGGGAGGGAUCCUCCCCUUUCCCGCACCAAGUUGCGGACUGAUCACAAAAACGGACGCGGAGAGGCUCUGUAACGCUCUCCUGCACCGUUCACCAGAGCGCACAGGCGAGCCGCCCUCCCCCAACAGCUUUAAGGUGUACCACGAAUGUUUCGGGAAGUGCAAGGGGAUUUUCAACCCCGAGAUGUACACCUCGCCGGAUUCCCCUUGCAUCGAGUGCUGCGACUGUCACGGACUGUUCAGCGUGAUGACAUUCGUGGGGCACUCGCACAAAGCCCUGGAGAAUAGGACCUGUCACUGGGGGUUCGAUUCUGCCAACUGGAGAUCCUAUCUGUUGUUGUCCAAGGACCAAGAGUGCAAGGACAAGUUACAGAGUAUCCUGGAGAGAAUGAAAGAUCGAUUCAAUACAAGCCUCAAGAG